UUUUUCUUGACGUCAAAGCAGUUUUUCGCAAAAGUUCAACAUUUUAUUUCAACAACAUAAUCGCAUUAAGAGUAUAUAAAUCAAGUGUUAUUCACAUAGGCAGUGAGGAUGGGCAGCAACGAUAGAGCCUCGAGAUCGCCACGUUCGGAUGAUCAGCGUGAUAUUAGCGAUAUGCCGGUCACGAAGAGAUCGCGAUCAGACUCGGGCAAGUCAGCGGAUUCGAAAAUUCCCUACCUUUCGCAGCCACUGUAUGAUCUGAAACAGACGGGCGAUGUGAAAUUUGGACCUGGCACACGUUCCGCCCUCUUGGGACUCCUGGGUGGUGCACUGCCCAAGCUGACGUCCGAGCAGCAUGAUCUGGUCAGCAAGGCCAAGAAAUAUGCCAUGGAGCAGAGCAUCAAAAUGGUGCUGAUGAAGCAAACGCUGGCCCACCAGCAGCAACAGUUGGCCACCCAACGUACCCAGGUGCAGCGACAACAGGCCUUGGCUCUUAUGUGCAGAGUCUAUGUGGGCAGCAUUUCGUUUGAGCUCAAGGAGGACACCAUACGUGCCGCUUUCACACCGUUUGGACCCAUCAAAUCGAUCAACAUGUCAUGGGAUCCCAUUACACAGAAGCACAAGGGAUUCGCCUUUGUCGAGUACGAAAUUCCCGAGGGCGCACAGCUGGCGUUGGAGCAAAUGAAUGGUGCGCUCAUGGGUGGCCGAAAUAUUAAAGUGGGCCGACCAAGUAAUAUGCCACAGGCGCAACAAGUCAUCGAUGAGGUGCAGGAGGAGGCCAAGAGCUUCAAUCGCAUCUACGUUGCGUCCAUACAUCCCGAUUUGUCCGAGGAGGACAUCAAGAGUGUGUUUGAGGCCUUUGGACCCAUUCUAUACUGCAAGCUGGCGCAAGGCACAUCGGUGCAUUCGCACAAGGGUUACGGCUUCAUCGAGUAUGCCAACAAACAGGCCAUGGACGAAGCCAUUGCCAGCAUGAAUCUCUUUGACUUGGGUGGUCAAUUGUUAAGAGUUGGACGUUCGAUUACGCCGCCGAAUGUACUGUCUUGUCCCGCAACAAAUUCAACGAUGCCAACGGCAGCUGCAGUCGCCGCUGCCGCAGCCACAGCAAAGAUUCAAGCGCUGGACGCCGUCGCCAGCAAUGCAGUCUUGGGUCUGGCGCAGAAUACACCCGGUCUUGGCAUUGCCGCCAAAGUAAAUGCCAUGCCAGUGAUCACGGCAGCGACUACAGCAGCUGCCUUACAUCCAGCGCUUGCAGUGCCCGCAGCUCCAACCUCGGCACUAUUGCCACCUGGCAUCUAUCAGGCUCCUGGUCUGGGUGGACCCAGUUUGUUGGGUGUGCCAGCCGGCUUGCCUACGCUACAAAGUGUGGCACCCACACUGCCGCCACCUGCGCUGCUUGCCACGCCACCAACUGUCGCUUUAGCCGCCGCCGCCGCAGCACAAGUAGCAACUCCUGUUGCAGCACCACCAACGACUGUCGUGGAGACCAGCAAUGGUGGAGCACCAGCCGCAUUAUCUGCAGCAGCGAAUAAUGCAGCUGCCACGGCAGCGAAUUUGUCGGAGAACAUUAAGAAGGCACAGGAAAAACAGCAGGAGGAACUCCAGAAGAAGCUGAUGGAUGAGGGCGAUGUGCAGACGCUGCAGCAACAGGAGAACAUGUCCAUUAAGGGUCAGAGUGCACGCCAGCUGGUGAUGCAGCGGCUAAUGCGUCCACAGGAUUCGCGUGUCAUCAUCUUAAGGAAUAUGGUCGGACCAGACGAUGUGGACGAGACGCUGCAGGAGGAGAUUCAGGAAGAAUGCAGCAAAUUUGGCACCGUUAGCCGCGUGAUUAUAUUCAACGAAAAACAAACGGAAAACGAGGACGAUGACGAAGCCGAGAUUAUAGUGAAAAUCUUUGUAGAAUUCUCAGCGGGAGUCGAGGCGAAUCGUGGCAAGGAGGCGCUGCAUGGUCGUUUCUUUGGUGGACGUCGCGUUGUCGCUGAGCUUUAUGACCAAGCGCUCUUCGAUCAGGGCGAUCUAUCGGGUUAAAUGGAUGGACAGAGGUCAGAACGGAGGGAAGCGAGAGGAUAAUAAAUUCGAUUGUAUCUUUAUUAGGCUUACGAACCUGGACCUUUAUCUGGCAACAACAGCCUUUUUUACUUAGAACUUAAAAACGAACAAUUAAUUAUUUAUUAUACGUUUGGCGACGAGCGAUGUCACGUCACUAGCAGCCACAAUGCCAAGGAGAUUGUAUAUUUGAACAGAAUCUAUGGAUUGAGAAGAGCAGAGAGCACACACAGUAUCUAUUACAUAAAAUAAUAAUAAUGCGCUAGAAUGGCCAAUUGAUUAUUCGAGUGAUUUAGAGUUUAACAACAAUCCCACAAGAGAAGCAAUUUGUCGCCAAUUCUGUGUAAAUUAAGUAAGCGAUGUGUAUGUGAUCAAUUUUGCAGCACUGUCGAAAUUUGUUUCUGUCGCAUACAAAUAACACAACUAACAAAAUGUACAUUUUAUUCAUUUCAGCGCUUCAAAACUUACAAUAAAAUAUAAUUUCCAAUAAAUGCAACUUGUUCUUUACAUUAUUACAUCUUUUGAAAUUACAUUUUCGAUUUUUCCAAAACGACAACAAAUUAUCGAGAUUCCGAAAAUAGUGAUUUAUUGAUAAUUCUGUAGAGUCAGUUGGCAGUACCAAAAAUACCAUGUAAAACAGAAAAAAUAUACUCUGUUACUUAACAGAUGUCAAUAACAGAGUUGAAUUUGCGUUAGCACAGUGAAAGAAGAAGCACAUGAGAAAGAAAAUAGAAAAUAUGAUGCCUAAAAGUGAAUAAUAAAGUGAUUGCUGGACGAAAAACAAAAAAAUUGUGUUUGUGUGGCGCA